AUGACCCAAAAUGUUCUUGGACUCCGAGACAUACAGAUCACGGUACCGGAGGCGGUGGGCGUGGGCACUAACGCGGUGUUGGGCUGCCGCUGGGCGCUUGACACCGGCGAGGCGCUUUACACCGUCAAAUGGUAUCACGGUGCUCAAGAGUUUUUUCGAUUCGUGCCAAAGGAAUUGCCUAAUACGAGAGUAUUCUCACAAACCGGUAUCAACGUGGAUGUGUCGAGAUCAGGUGCUCAACAAGUUGUGCUGCGCGAGGCGACACGAGGCCUGAGCGGCCGCUACCGAUGCGAAGUAUCCGCAGACGCGCCUUUCUUUCACACCAUCUACAAGAGCGCAUUUCUACGUGUUAUAGAUUUACCGACAACGAAGCCGAAAGUGCGUGCCCAAAAGAGCUGGUACUCGGCGGGAGAUAUGCUGAGAGCAAACUGCACUUCCCCACCCUCUGACCCACCCGCCAAUGUCACUUGGCUUGUCAAUGGAUAUGAGGUAAAAGGACUGGACAUUCCAGUUAUUGACACAUAUGAGCGCAGUAAGCCGACAUUGAGCGAAUCAUCGCUCGAGGACGCCAACAGAAUUAUAUUUAGUCCGUGGGACGCAAUCUCAGGCUACGAGGAAGCGGUCACAGAUAAUGUAAUAGACAUACCUGGUAAUAUCGCAGAAUUGCAAGGCGCUGCUGAAAGUAGUCGGAAAAAUAAAACAGAAAGUACAAUGCCCAUAUUCUCAAAAUACGAUGACAACAAAUUUAAUAAUUCCGAAGAUGAGAAGUGCAACAAAACAUCUUCGUUUAGUCAACUUGUGAUACGUGUGCAGCCGUCACAUUUUCAAAAGGGCCGCCUUAAUGUAACUUGUGUGGCGCGGAUACUGUCGGUGUGGACGGCGAGUGAGAUUCUUCUUCUGGAUGAGGAGAGACCUCAAAUCGCUCCAGUUAUGGGGAGCCGGGACUCCAGUUCAGGAGGAUUUCGACACACAUUAAGGAUUAACAGUGGAGUCUUAUACGUGUUAAAUUGUAUAUUAUACAUGCAAUGGUCAAUACGAUGA